AUGAUAGCGACCACCCAGCGGUUGUCGCGCUCGCCGAACAUCUUCGCGCCUGUGCCGCUUAAGCCGAGGGAUUCGCCCAGUUCCUUUGGGCAGGUUUGCCGGCGGAGGAGAAAGAGAUUUAUGAGAAGAAGCAUACGUGGUAGGAAGGUUGACUACGAGACGCGUAAAGCCGCCUUCGAUCUGUCCAAGAGCGGUGGGACACCGGCUGAGUCUGCGCCUAUACCCGCUGUCGCAGCCGCUGCUACACCUGCGACCGCUGUCGCGACCGAAUCGGACGUCGAGAGCGACGUGACGCCCAACAGCCCUCCCGCUCUCGCCAAGAAACGCGCCGUCCAUGAAUUGAAAUCGGAGGAAGAAAAGGACGAGGCGGUUGACGAUGUUGAGGACGAGGAAGAGCCGGAUGAGGAGGCGCCGCCGAAGAAGAAGAUCAAGUCCGGCCCCGCUCUUGCACCCGUUGCUGCUCCCGUACACAAGAAGCGCAAGAACAAGGAUUGA